CCUCCAUUGCGCGAACAUUGUUCACAGAUCAGCUGUCAAUGGCGGACGAUCGGGUUGAGAAGGAGAUGGUCAACGCUGAUCAAGGAAGCGAUGAACUGGAGAAGAAGAAUCACGAAUUGAAACGGGAGAAUCUAGAAUUGAAGGAGAAGGCUGAGAGAUUGACAGGAGAAAUCGAGGAGAUGAGAGCCGUGGAAGCGGAGAUGAAGCAGAGCUUCGAAGAGAUGGAGACGGAGAUCGAGCAGUUAGAGGAAGAGAAGAAGGGAUUGGAAUCUGUAUCGGCCCGAGCCGUGGAGCUCGAGGGGGAGGUGGCGAAGAUCCACGAAGAUCUCGUCAACGCUUUGAGAGACGGAGACGAGAGGGAGGUAACGGCGGCGGAGCUGAAGAAGGAGUUGUCGGAGAAAGUUGAGAGCUUUGAGAGGUUUGAGAAGGAAGCGGAGGGUUUGAGGAAAGCGAGAGGCGAGGUUGAGAAGAAAGGUAGAGACUUGGAGAGGAAAGUUGGGGUUUUGGAAGUGAGGCUGAUGGAGGAGAGGAGCAAGAAGGUUAGAGCAGAGGAGGAGAUGAGGGAGAAGGGUAAUCAGAAAGAGGUGGAGAUGGAGGAGUUGAAGAGGAAAGUCUCCGACUUUGAAAUGGGUUUGGUGAAGGGUGUGCUGGAGAUGGAGAGUUGCGAGUUCGAGAAGAAGCGGGCGGAGGAAGCUUUGAGUGAAUUAAAGAAGAGGGAGAUGGAGUUGGAGUUGAGGAAGGAGGAGUUGUUGAAGAAGGUUGAAGAAGGUGAGAAGACGCUGCUUGUGUUGAACGAGAGGAUCAUGGAGGAGCCUACUACUAAUGGAGUUAGAGACAUAAAGGAUUGUGACCAAGAAUGUUCACAAUUGCAGUGGCCAGUGGCUGCUGCUGGCUCGGUGGGAGCUUUGGGUUUGGUAGCAGCGACAGUGUUUGUUGUAUGCUACUCAAAACGGACUUGAUUCAGUAAUAUUGAGGAGCUGAAGACCAUAACUUUUUUUGCAGUUCUGCAGUCCUAUAGGUGCCCCAUAACUUUUUGGUCUCUGAGUUUGUGAUGUUUUUGUUUUCUUUGUUUGUUUGUUUGUUUGAGAUGAUUGAUGAAUCUUUGGCUUUUAGGCUAUGAAUGCAUUUGAUAUCGCUUUGUUAACUGAA